CUUGAUAUCCGAGGGUCUUCCCUUCUUCACUGUGACCGUUGGUUUUGAGAAGCCGAUUAUGUUUACGCGGGCCGUGCUGAACGGUCGAUCCCUUCGCCGUUCCGCUGCCCAGCCCAUCAAUACUCAGGAUGCCAUCACGGCUGCAAUCAAGGAUCAAGGGUGGGAAAUCAUCCAGCACUAUGGUAUUGAAAUCGGCCUUUUGGCUAUGGGGGCUUCUUCCGGGGUACAAGGCGGUCUCCAGCAGUUCUGCUUCCUAGCAGCUUGGAUUUGCCUCUUCGAUUGCGUACUUCUUUUUACCUUCUACACUGCAGUUCUCUGUGUUAAACUAGAAAUCACCCGCAUCAAGCAUUACGCAGAUUUCCGCAAAGCUAUGGAAGAAGAAGGCGUCAGCCGCAGCGUCGCAGAGAAUGUCACUUUCAGCACCACCAAGACCAACCCCAGCAUCUUCGGACAGAAGGCCAAGUCCAGCAGCGUACGCAAAUUCAAGAUCCUCAUGGUUGGUGGCUUAGUCCUCAUUAACAUCUUGAACUUGUGGGCUAUUCCCUUCAGGAACUCAGGCCACUUUGCCCUGCCCUCACGUUUUUCCAACAUUAAGUCCGCCUCUGUGGAUCCACUCAACAGCUUAGAUACUGUGUAUAUGCUGGCCCGAACCCAAAACCAGGAGACUGUGGUGGCGAUUAUCCCGCCAAUUACAUACCGGGUGGAAGAUAUCUCUAUUCCAUCGUUGGAUCUUGACGAGCCAAUUGAUUUCCAGCAUAUUAACCAAUUCUUGGGCACCCUCCGCCGCAACACAGUCCUCGAAAGCCUUCUCAAGUGUUUGGAAGACCCGACCAUUAGCAAAUGGAUUAUUGCGGCAUUGAUGUUUAGUAUCAUUCUCAACGGGCAUCUCUUCAAUGCCGCCCGGUGGACCACCAAGGAACCUAAGCCCGCACCCGCCAAGCGUGUAGAGCCAGCGCCAGCACCGAAGGUCUACCCGCCAUUUGAGCCUGACCAAAUCUCAAACCGGACCCUCGAGGAUUGCGAGCUUGUGCUCAAGGAGAAACGUGGCCCCACUCUUACCGAUGAGGAGCUUGUCCACUUAUCCCUUCUCGGAAAGCUUCCCGGCCAUGCCCUAGAAAAGACCAUGGACAAUGAGAGCCUCAUGAGCAAGGUUGAUGCCUUUACCCGAGCCGUGAAGAUUCGCAGAGCAGUUGUCUCCCGAUCUCCCAACACUUCUGCUAUUACCAGCUCCCUUGAAACGUCCAAGCUCCCGUACAAAGGAUAUAACUACACUCUCGUCCAGGGUGCCUGCUGUGAAAAUGUGAUUGGUUACAUGCCGCUUCCUGUUGGUGUUGCCGGACCGUUGAACAUCGAUGGCCGGGACUACUACAUUCCCAUGGCCACUACCGAAGGCACCCUCGUAGCUAGUACUAGCCGUGGUGCAAAGGCAAUUAACGCUGGCGGUGGUGUUGUGACUGUUCUGACUGGUGACGGUAUGACCCGUGGUCCUUGUGUGAGCUUCCCAAGCUUGGCCCGGGCCGGCGUUGCGAAGGCGUGGAUUGACUCCGAAGAGGGACGUAGCAUUCUCACUGCAGCUUUCAACUCUACCAGUCGUUUCGCUCGUCUCCAGACUCUCAGGACCGCGCUCGCGGGGACUUAUCUUUACAUUCGUUUCAAGACUACCACCGGCGACGCCAUGGGCAUGAACAUGAUCUCCAAAGGCUGUGAGAAAGCUCUACAGGCUCUUGCAGACAGUGGCUUCAGCGACAUGGUCGUUAUUUCGCUCUCGGGUAACUACUGCACGGAUAAGAAGCCCGCUGCCAUCAAUUGGAUCGACGGUCGAGGCAAGUCGGUUGUCGCGGAAGCCAUCAUCCCCGGCGAUGUUGUCCAGAACGUGCUCAGGACCGAUGUCGAUGCGAUGGUCGAGCUAAAUAUCAGCAAGAACCUUAUCGGGAGCGCCAUGGCAGGAAGCAUCGGCGGUUUCAACGCCCAUGCGGCCAAUAUUUUAACUGCAAUCUACCUUGCCACCGGCCAGGACCCUGCCCAGAACGUCGAGAGCAGUAAUAUCUUGACCAGCCGCAAUGGUGACCUCCAAAUCGCCGUCUCCAUGCCUUCCAUUGAGGUGGGUACUGUAGGAGGGGGUACGAUCCUCGAGCCACAAGGUGCCAUGCUCGAUCUGCUAGGCAUCCGUGGUUCCCACCCCACUGUCCCGGGAGACAACGCUCGCCAGCUGGCCCGCAUCAUUGCGGCCUCCGUCCUCGCUGCUGAGCUCAAUCUGUGCGCUGCUCUCGCCGCUGGCCACCUGGUUCGCGCCCACAUGGCUCAUAACCGUAGUGGCGCUGCGACACCGAAAUAAACGACAUGACCACUUUUUCCUUUGUUCCUUCUUUGCGCCAUGUGACACAUACGCGCUGAUAUGACUCCCGACACUGGAGUCUCGGUUACUCGACAACACGCCCGUACUGUGUGGAUCUCGACUGCCGGAGGAGACUUUUCGCAGGUAGUGCGCUUGCUGAAC